UCACAAAAAGACUGCAUACCACUAGUUGUGGCACUGGAAAAAAACGUUGGGCCGCAAGUUGUUUUGGGGAGUUGGUGGACGAUUUAAUGCAGGCGGGACAGUGUAGGCCUACCAAUGCCUACUGGAACCAGACACAACUUUCUGGUUCCUGAUUUUUAGAGAAAGGUCCGAGGAAUUUGAGAACCGACAGGGGACAGUCAUGUCACUCAGUGUCAUCAUGGAGGAGCCCUUAGGCUUUCAGGAAGAUGAUUUGGAGUUUGUUGGGCGUGUGUCCCACACCCCCUCACAACCUCACAAGUACGGUGGAAGGAAACGGGAUUCUGGCCGUUAUGGAUCUCCUACGGGACGGUACAUCAGGGCAGCCGCUGGUCGGAGUCUUGGUGGUCUGCGGCCAAGCCAGUCUUACUCACCAAACAGCCCUCGCUCCAGCCGGAUGAGCGCUCACCACCAGCCUAGAGUCACGCCCAUUCGAUUCAUCCGAAAUCCGCGCCAUCCCAAGAGCCUGUACGACACCGAGAUCAGCAUGAGAAACUUCAUGCGGAGGGGACCGCCCAAGCCGACUCCUGAGCUGUCGUUCCCCGAUCCGUCCAAGCACCGGGCUUUCCGGAACCCCAUGGCUCCCCGCUUCCAUCAUGAGUUCGAUUUCACUGAGGAGGACUACGACAUAAAACGGAAUCCGCUAGCAGGAGUGCACCUGGAUGUGCUCUUGGCCGGAACCUCUGAGUUCCCAGGAACUCAUAACCGUGGCUAUGACGACACGGGCGACCGUGACAUCGACAGCAACGACCAAGACAGCAGUGACAGCGACGAAUCGGAGUCCUCUAACAUGGGAGAAGACUUAGAAGCCGGCGAUGAUGUGAGCGUGAACGACUCUGCGUCCCGGAUAGUAGAAGAGACCCAAAGGAGAGACGGGGCCAUCUACUCGUCUGUGAACAAGAACUGGGCAUCCAAAUCAUCGGGAUCGCAACAGAUGAGAGCAGAACCACCGCCGUUUGCCCCCCAGCCUCCACCGGUGCUGCCAAAGCCAGCAGCCAAGCCCUUGGUGAUACCGCGCGCUGUGGCGAAUCAGGAUGAAUACAGACAACAGGAACCCACCUGGGAAGAAGAGAAGGAGAUACCGCCUCCCGUUCCAGAGCCUCUGGAUACCCUUGCUGAGGAAGAUGAGGACCAACAGGAGGUUGAGGAGGUCGAGGUUGAACCGGUCCCAGAGUCGGCACCCCAGGAACUCCGUGACAUGAGCACGCAGACUAACUUGAACGUACAAGCCGUCGGUGGGGAGCAGGAUGAGCCAGAGGAGGGGGAGGAGGCAGAAGAACGCUUCAUCCAAAUACAAGAAGGUCGAGAAGACGUCAGCAUCAUGACCCACGAAAACUGGGAGGCUGUGGCACCAUGGUCACAGCGCUCGUCAGAACCAGUGAAUCGCAGCACUAGCCUGGCUGUCAACUAUCGACGAGUGGUGGCCGAGCUGAGCGGAGUAGAUCGACAGAGAGGAGAACCUCCUCAAGAACAACGACCCAGGCACCAGGAAGGACGACGUGACCCUUCCCACAUCCGCGAGGAACCCCCUCCCUGGUCACCUCCCAUAGUACCUCAAAUGGAGCAAAUCUUGCGGCCCAUACCGGGAGAUAUGAGGAAUUACCCACCACCGUCUAGGGAGUGGGACGCCCCAAGGCGCCGGUAUCCAGACAGUGGCAUACCCAUGGCUGCUUUCUGCAAUCGAUGCUGCUUUGUCACGCUCUUGCUUUUAGCACUCGGAGUCAUUAUAGGCCUUGCAGUGGUCACUUCUGUUUACGUCACCUCUGGUAACUGUGACGGUGCUCCGUGUGGAUUGAUACAAGAACAAGGAUAUCUUGGGGGCCUCGUGGCGUUGGGAGCACUGGCCAUUCUCGUAGUCUUUGCGUUGUUCACGUGGUGUUGUUACAACGUCUCUCGGAGACAACGCGACCAACAUAAGUACAGACCACGUGAGAGACAAAUGUAUCUUCCAUGAGAAACCACUGAACAGACUAAGAACAAUUACCAGUUAUUUUAAAUUAAUGGUUAUAUCUAUAUUAAAGGCUACAGGACAAAUGCCAAUGCAGUUUUUCAUCAGCUUGAUUUCGUUCCUAAUUAUAUUAUAGCAAAAAAUGUAGCUCAUCAGUACGACGAUGCUUUUUCAAUUAUCUUCAAAACGGAAGCAAAAUGUUGAAAUUUCCGUUUACCUUCACGUUCAGUGACUUCAGUUGAGGAAAAACUGUGGAAAUCUGACGAUGACAAAACCUAAAGACGUUGUGCCAAACAAAUGUAAAACCCAGCUCAGCUAAAACGUUGCUCAUCUUUAGUUUGCGUCCGAGGUUAUUCAUUUUCCAAAACGCUGAAACGUUCAUUUGGCUAGCAUGUUUUUGAAUUUAUUGAAUUACGAACAUAGCAGGAAACUUUGCAGGGUAGGAGGACGAAAAAUAUUAUAAAACUCUAAAGUUCCAUUUCCCCCUACAAUUAAUUAUCUAGGGUCGGAUGAGGAAAAAAUCCCUUUAGGCCAAACAAAAAGUCUCCGGUUUCCGGUCGGCGCGCGCGUCGGCCGUAGACCUGCGCCUCGGCAAAAUAAUGUAUUUGGUGUAAAACGAUGUCUGAAAGCGGUCAAACUUACUUAAUCGACUGGAAUCUUGCUGCUGCGUAAUUGUAACCUGUUUUUGAUGGGGUAUGGUUAAGUAAUACACUACAGUAAAGGAGUCAAUGUAGGUUCCAAUACAUAGUCGGGCACUCUUUGUCAGAUGAUGUCAUUUCUGUAUUAUACAUUUACAUCUGGGAACCAGACAAACGAAGUGGUCUUAUGUCCUGUGUACCUGUACAAGGUUAAAAUGCUUAUAAGCAGUUAAGAAAGUGUGGGGCCCAGUUUAUUUUAGCGUUGGUAGCGGCCAGCUAUACCCAGCAAGAAAUGAGACCGAGGGGUACCCCCCCCCACAUGUCCAAUCCCUAUACACAUUCCAGACUAUU